GCUUGUCAUUUGUAAUACACAAACCAAAUUAUCCAGCAUAACAAAAGUCUAUCUCUUGUCAAAUUACAAUCCGUUUGACCGCGCGCAAUAAUCUAUCUUCAGAAACCCCUCGCUCCGCAAUCCAGCAGCGAGAAGCAACACAAUGUCCUGCUAUCGAUCGAUAUGUUCCGGUCGGUUGAACGUGCCUCCACUGCAACCGACACCGUUCUCAAAUCAGCACCAAUUAAGUUUGACCAUCUGGGCCGGGUUGCCGGUCGGAGGCUUUCUGCAUCAGUUCGAGACCCGACUGAACAGCUCGUGGAGGUCUGCCCAGUUCAUCAAGUGGUACGCCGUGUUGAUCAACGUUGUGGAAGCGUGUUUUGCAAUAAACGAACUGACAGAGCGGAAACGAAACGGCACAAGCGGAACAGGAAACGCGAUGGGAGGUGGGCGGCUGAGGAGCAUCAGCAGGAACAUGCAUUUCAUUAUAGAGAUGGUCAUGUUGCAGACCAAUGGAUUGGCAAUUUACGGACUAUUAAAGCCCAACACGGUCCUCCUGGUGCCCUACAUAGUGCUUCACGUCGUCACGCUGCUGCUGGAGUUGAACUAUUUCAUAACUCGGACCGCCCUCGGAUGGACCUGGAACCGGCAACCGACAUCAAGUGCAAACUCAACGUCAUCCUGGAAGCCAAAACGCGGAACGACAUCGCUGUCGAUGCUGGUUUUUGUCGCAUUUAAUUUGCUGAUAAUGAUCGGAGCGAAAUUUGCCGCCACAUUUCACCCUGCCUCGUAGUAGCCGGGCAGAAGAGUGGCCGCAUUGUGUUCGAAUGUUGACCAAAAGAAGAAAUUACAUUCAAAUUUUCCAUAAAUCAAAAUUCAGUGAUAAAACAAGU